AGCCCAUACAGAUAGAGAGAGAGAGACCGGUGAGGAUAUGGAGAUCGCACCAAAGUCGAUUUCAGAAUCUCAGCUUAUUGCUUUAAAAUAUAAAAAAAAAGUAAUACAGAUUUCUUCGAAAGAGAGAGAGAUUUUCAAAGGUUGAUUCUUAUAGAGAUAUAGAGAGAGAAACAGAGACAUGUCUGACAUAGACCCAUAAUCAUAUAUAAUAUGUGUAUAUAAAACCAAUUGACCACCCAACACAGAAAGGCUCUCUGUUUCUCUUCCUUUAUUUGCAGCCAAUAAUUUCUGGGGGGUAAAAAGGCAGAUUUUGAUCCGAGAUAUGGCCAGAAAUGGUGUGUUUUCGAGGCGGAGGAGAUCGGAGAUGAUCGAGGAAGUCUUCGAUGAUGAUGAUGAUGUUCAUGUUCUUGCUGUCGAUGACAGUCUCAUCGAUCGAAAAGUCAUCGAACGAUUGCUCAAAAUCUCCUCUUGUAAAGUCACUGCAGUGGAUAGUGGAAGGAGAGCUCUGCAAUUUCUAGGAUUGGAUGAUGAGGAAAGGAGCUCUGUUGGGUUUGAUGGUUUGAAGGUGGAUCUGAUAAUCACAGACUAUUGUAUGCCUGGAAUGACUGGUUAUGAGUUGCUCAAAAAGAUCAAGGAAUCAUCUACUUUCAGAGAAAUCCCAGUUGUGAUCAUGUCAUCCGAAAACAUUUUGGCCCGAAUUGACAGGUGUUUGGAGGAAGGGGCAGAGGAUUUUAUAGUGAAACCUGUUAAAUUAUCGGACGUGAAACGUUUGAAAGAUAACAUGUUUGGAGAGGAUCGAGUCGUGAGGGAAGAUGGAAAAAACAAGAGAAAAUCACCAGAGCCGUCUGAUCUCUCCACAUCACCAUCACAACCGUCAAUCACGGCCUCAUCACAAUCACCGUCACCAUCGCCUCUUUCGUCAUCACCAUCAUCCUUGCCACCACAUUUAUCAGAAGCGGCAUCUCCCUUGCUAUCGCUACAUUUAUUAGACUUGCCAUUGCCAUUGCCAUUGCCAUCGCCAUCGCCAUCGCCACAUUUAUCGGACACGGCAUCUCCGCCUCCAUUGCUAUCGCUACAUUUAUUAGACACGCCAUUACCAUUGCCAUUGCCAUCUCCACAUUUAUCGAACACGACAUCGUUGCUGUCACCGCAGUCGCCAUGUUCUCCAACAUCGCUAGUAUCUCCAACAAUGCGACUUAAAUUGACAGAAUUGUGAUUAAUAUUUGGAAAUUUAAGGUUAUUUAUUUUGAAUUUGGUUACAAUUUGCAAUAGGGGCCAAUAGACAAGCCAAUUAAGCAAAGCAACUUUCUCUGAAAUAUGGAUUUUUUGUUGCCUUGUCUUAUGUUAGCUUCGUUUUAUUUUUUUAUUUUUUUCUUGGCCUUGUUUUUGUUUAAUUGUACUCCUAAUUACAAGAAUUAUAGUUUUAAUGGUUGAGCUGGUUUAUCAUCUAAGUCCUUUGAUUA